AUGGAUUCUUCAGAUAUAAGAGAUAGGUUCAGUCACUUCCGAGUCCUCAUUAUAGGAAGAGCGAAUGCAGGAAAAACCACCAUCCUUCAGCGGGUUUGCAACACCCGGAAGAAACCAGAAAUAUAUAACAGCUCCGGGAAAAAGAUCAGUGCCUCCGUUUUAAUCCCAUCUAGAAAUGUAAGGCGUACUUGUGGAAUGCACGACAUCGAGAAUGAAAUGGUGUUUCGACACAGUCCAGGAUUCGUCUUUCACGAUUCUUGCGGUUUUGAGGCAGGCGGGAACUCCGAAUUCGACAAGGUGGAGGCGUUUAUCAGGGGCCGUUCUAAGAAAACCAAUCUGAAGGAUCGAAUCCAUGCCAUAUGGUAUUGUAUCCCAAUGGAUGAGGCAAGCAGGGCUUUUACCCAAGGGGAAAUCAAAUUUUUUUCUCAGUGUGACACCGGAAGCGUCCCAGUGAUAGUAGUGUUUACCAAGUUCGAUGCCCUGUACGACGUUGAAUACGCGCAGCUCAGAAAGACCGGCGAAUCGAGGGAGGGCGCCAAAGAACUGGCCCCGAAGCGUGCCGAGGAGUCAUUUGCGAACGGGCCGCAGUUAAAGUUUCUAUACAACUCCAAAGACAUCCCACACCCUCCAAAAUGUCAUGUGUGCCUUCCUAACAUGAACAGCGAUGAUGCCAAUUGUGGGCCACUCAUCGACUGCACGGCUGGAGCUCUGGGUGAUGAUGAAGUGCUUAAGCAAUUGCUUGUCUCGUCUCAACAGACCAACUUGGAGCUCUGCAUGAAAUAUGCAGUCGAAAGGCAACUAUCCAGAAUUUCAUUUGAAUAUUGCAGACGUUAA